CCGCAACGCAAUCAAACCCAAGACAAAUCCAACCAACCAAGCUAUUCCCCAUCUCCGGACCAGCGCCGCCUCCAGUCGCUGUCCACGGGCACCCCGGGCGCGCCUCCUCCGAGCCCAGACUCGAGCUCCAUCCCGCCGUGGAUCACCGCGUGAGGUGGGGCGCACCGACCGGACCCCGGAGGGCCAGAUGGUGUCCGGCGCCGGAGGGGGCGAGUAGCGCGGUCGGCGGCCACGAACGGAUUGGCGGCGGCGCGGCGAGGCGUCGGUCGGAGCGGGGGCCACCAUGUCUGCUGUAGUGUGCGGCAAGAGGUCCUCCUCCAUCUUCGGCGACGAGCUUGUACCUUCCCCUUCCUCCCCUCCGUCCCCUUCCCACCACCAUCACCCCGCCAAGAGGGCCCGCUGCUCCCCGUCCCGCUGGAGGGAGGGUCUACUCCACCACCUCCUCACCCUCUUCCCCGACAUGGAUCCCCAGUUACUUGAAAAAGCUCUUGAGGCCUCUGGAGAUGACUUGGACUCUGCAAUAAAGAGAUUAAACGAGCUGCGACUGGAGUCAGCUGGGGCUAUCCUAUCUGCCACUGUUUGUGAAUCUGAGAAGGACAUAUCAUCAGCUCAUAACUUAUUGGCUGAAGGUACCACCAGUAAUGGCCAUUUAGACAUAGCUACUGAAAAUCCACCUGCAAUUGAUAACUCUCAGACAAGUCAUCAUAGCUCUGAAUGGGUUGACCUAUUUGUCAAAGAGAUGAUGAGCUCCUCUGACAUAGAUGAUGCGCGAGCUCGUGCAUCCAGGGCUUUGGAGGUGUUUGAAAAGUCCAUCAUGGAUCGAGUUGGACCUGAAGCAGUGCAGAAUUUGCAUAGGGAAAAUGUGAUGCUAAAGGAGCAACUUGCAAUAAUUCUCCGAGAGAAUGCUGUUCUGAAGCGGGGCGUUGCGAUACAACACGAACGCCAAAAAGAGUUUGAUGUGAGGACUCAGGAAGUCGACAGCCUUAAACAGUUGGUACUGCAAUAUCAGGAGCAGAUAAAAACUCUUGAGAUAAAUAAUUACGCACUUAGAGUGCAUUUGAAGCAGGCUCAGCAGGGCAAUUCUAUGCAUGGACGUUUCCCGCCUGACGUCUUCUAAUGUCUGCCAUGGCUCAACAGAAUAAUUAUGCAUGGACGUUCGUUAAUAUUUGAUGCUGUACAGUUGGAUUUUGAACUAAGCAGUGUCAAAUAAAAAAAAUCGAGGUAGUACCUAUUAAGAUAAGUAGACUCAGGACCUCAAGUUCGACUCAAAUGCUGCAUAUACGAUCGUACCCCAUCAUUGGAGUCGACAACACUAAGGUCCAACUACCUGGAAGCUGAGAUGAAAUAGCAUGUUAGGGUUGGCAGUGCACUGGUCCUUGCAUACUUGUUGUAAUAAUGGAUCUUGCAGGGGAAGCUCGGAUGAAGUAAUAUUGGCUGU